AUGGAGCAGAGCUUAAUUCAAGAAAUCCCCCAGCCAAAAGAACCAGAAAACCAAAUUGAAUCAGCCCAGGUUGAAUCUCAAACUCAAGAAUCCAACCAAACCUCAGAAGUUCCAGAAGAAAGCAAAGUCGAAAUUCAGGAAGCAGCAAAUCCAAACCCAAAUGCUGAAGAAAUAUCCACUGCAGAGCUCUCAAAACCAAUUGAAAACUCAGAAAAAAUUUCAAUUCAAACUUCUGCUGAAGAAUCUAAAAUCCAAGCUAAAUCAGCAUCUCCCUCCCAAAUUUCCCAGAGCCCCAAAGAGCCAGCAAAACCUGCUCCAAAAGAAGCACCAAGAUCUCUUCCAAAGCCAACACUUAUUGAAGUUGCUGAAGUAAAAGAACAAGAAUCCCAGGCAGACAAACUCAAGCAAUUAAGUAAUUUCUAAUUAGAAAAUCUCCUCAAGGAUCGUAUCAGCGAAGCCAAAGCCCUCAUCGACUCAGCUCUUCCAGCUAACGAAAAAAUAAAACUUCUUAUUGACCGCUUGACAGAUCAGAUCCCCUGCACGAAAAUGCUUGAAAGUGAAAUCCAAAGCAAUCGCAAACGUGUGACAAACAUGGCUCGUGAGAAAGAAUCCCUCAUCAACGAGCUUUCCUCUGAGCGUGAAAUGCGCAGGAAGCUGGAAAACUACUGCAGAGAAAUCCAAAAGCAAAAUCGCCAAAUCCAGGAUGAGUGCAAGAGCAUGACUGAUGACGAAAAAAAGAAACGCGAAGAGCUCACAGAGAAACUUAAUAAUGCUUUAAAAGAAGUGACUAGCAAAUUUGAAGAAAACGAACAGGAAAGAAUAAAACAGAUUGAGGAAAACGAAAACUUAAAGCAGAGGAUGCAAGAGCUAGGGAAUCAUGCUAUACAAAGAGAUGAUGAGUACCAAAAAAUAAUUAUGCAGAAAGAUUUGGAAACUCAGCUAUGCAAGGUACAACUGGAAUAUAAGGCAGGAUUCAAGGAAGCUGAACUGAAAAAUCAAUUGGUUUUAUAUAAGGACAGGUUUGAAGAGUUUUCGAGCACCAUAACAAAGAGCAAUAGUGCAUUUGAAACGAUCAGAGCUGAAGUGAAAAAAGUGGACGAUAGAUUGCAGGCUGAGCAAGACAUAAAUAAAGAGCUGAGAAAAAGAAAAGAAAAAGCUGAUAUUGGAAUUGUGGAAAUAUUAACAGCCAAAAAUAAUUGGAAAAAAGAACUAGCUGAGCUUAAAGCAAGACACGAUGCACUUAAGGGUGAAUGCAGUAGGCUGCUAAUUGAGAAGAAAAAUCGAGCCACUUAA